AUGACAUUUGCUCUUGAGAGAGAACGUCGUCAAACUGCUGGCAAUCGUCUAAAGCGUUUACUCGAACAACAAGAGGAUCCAGAUGAUGAAUUUUAUGGUACAGCUUAUGGUGGUUUUCUUGAUGAAGAAGAAGAUAAUGAUUAUCGUUCGGAAGAAUCUGAAGAAGAUGUUGUAGAUUCAGAUUUUGAUCAAGAUGAUGAAGAACAACAGCAAGGCGAAGAUGAACAAGAACAAAUAGAUACAAAUAAAAAGCGAAAAACUGAUGAAGAUAGUGAUGAUGAUGGCACAACAAAACGUAAAAGAAAAAAGAUUAUAUACCAAGCACAAAGUCUUCAACAAGAAUUAAAAGCUAAAAAAAAAGAAGAACAAGAAGAAGCAGGAGAAUCAAAAUUAAUUCGACAACAACAGAAGAAAGAAAAUGCACCGAAAAUUGAGGCUAAAACAUUACGUAAAUCAACUAGUGUUAAACGAGUUGAACUUGAAAAAAGACAAAAAGAACGACAAGAACGCCGUGAUUAUCUCAAAGGUGUUGCAUCAUUAAGAAAUACUCGAGAAGUAAGAAAACUUACACAAGAAGAAUUACUUGAAGAAGCUAAAAUAACUGAGGAAAUUAAUCUUGAAUCGUUAGAGGCAUAUCAACAAAUUGAAUUAAAGAAAAAAGAAAUAAAACGUAUGAAAUUAAUACAAGAAUGUCCGCGUAUUUGUACAAGUUCAAUGACAAUUUUAAAUGAACCAAAUGAUCAAUGGAAUGAUCUACUUGAUGAAAGUUAUCAAAUUGAAUCUAUACCGGAACGAUGUUCACGUACAUUUGUUUCAUUUACACAUAUUCAAACAUAUAAUGAAACAUUUUCAAAAUUAAAUUCAUCCAAUCAUCAUUAUCGUCGUUUAUGCCCAAUAACAGGAAUGCCAGCACAAUAUUUUGAUCCAAUAACACAAAUGCCUUAUGCUACAUUAGAAGCAUUUAAAAUUCUUCGACGUAUUUAUGCAGAAGAAAUGAAAAAGCAAAAACGAACAACAUCAGUUUUAAUCGAUGCUCAGAAAGAUGUUAAUCUAAAUAUUCUUCGUUAA